CAAGUACAAGUAUAAUAAAACGUCAUCUACCCCACCUCCCAACCUCCACCUCUCUUAUAACAAUCUCUUCUCUUCACCACCACCACCACACGUCCAGAAGAAUCUUCGCGAACGAUAGCAGACCUAGAACGAAGACGAAAACACGGGAGAUGGCGCCAAUCAACAUCGCGCUCCUCGGCAGCGGAAUCUUUGCCCGCGAAGAACACCUCCCGGCCAUCCUCUCCGCAUCUUCUACAUUGAGAUUGGUAGCAGUGUACUCGCGCACGUCAUCGGGGGCGCAGAAUCUCGCUCAUCUAGCGAAGGAGAAAGGGGUUGAGGGAGGCGAGGUGCAAGUGUAUGGGGAUGAUAAAGAGGGACAGGGAUUGGAUGAGUUGCUGGCACGGGAGGAUGUUGGGGGUGUGGUUAUUGCUUUACCCAUCCUCGCUCAACCAUCUUAUAUUCGCAAAGCGCUAUCAGCAGGGAAACACGUCCUCGCCGAAAAGCCCAUCGCAAAAGACGUCGCCACCGCCGUCGAACUCACAUCCUGGUACCGCGAUAACUUCGCUUCUGGCCCGACCUUCAGCAUCGCUGAGAACUUCCGCUUCUUCGACUCGUACAUCUAUGCAUCGGAGCAAAUCGCGAGUCUAGGUCGCAUAUUGGGCUUCCGCGUACGCGUGCACGCCCUUGUACAGCCGGGUGGAAAGUAUUACGAGACGGAAUGGCGCAAGAAGCCCGAGUAUCAGGGCGGGUUUCUGUUGGAUGGGGGCGUGCAUUUUAUUGCCGCGACAAGGUUGGUGUUGGGGGGUGCAGGCGUGAAGCCUGUGAAGACAGCCGCGUUUUCGGCGCAGUUGCAAGAGCAUUUGCCGCCUGUUGAUACUGUGGAUGCGACGGCACAGCUCAGCAAUGGUUCUUCGGGAACGAUAUCGCUGUCCUUUGGCACUACGUUCAGUGGGAGUGAGUACGCGUUCGCGUGUGAAAAGGGGGUCGUGACGGUGUCGAAAGGAAAGGUCACGGUCCAGAAGAAUGGGGAGAAAGAGGUGGUAAAGGAGCAUCCAGAUGAGGGGAACGGCGUUAAGCAAGAGAUUGCGGCGUGGGGCAAGGCGCUGCAGGAGGGUAAGGCGAACCAGAGGCAGAGUCCAGAAGAAGCGCUGGGGGAUCUGGAGUGGUUGGAGGCGAUGCUGCAGAGUGGAGAGAAGGGCGGCGCGUCGAUCGACCUUCACCGCACCUGA